AUGGCGGACCAAGAAAUAAGCCAAGUUCUGCGACAACAGCAAGAGGUUAUUACAGCCCUGCAGAAUCAACUUGGUGUCCAGGGUAACCAACUGGAACUAUUGGCGCAAGAUCCGACGACCACAGCCCUACGGACGCAAAUGAACGCUCUUCAGGCGUUCGCGAACACUGGCUAUUUGGUACCUGACUAUUCCCACCCAACUUUGUUGAUGAACUAUAGAACUGCCCACCCUAUCAGCAACAAUCGCGCAUUUGCGCCGUGGUUCCAAACCAAGGUUGCACCCGAAUCACCGGUGUCCAUAGGUGAGCCCAUCGAGCUCUUCUCCGCGCUUUUCUGUCAGAACGUCGAUUUCCCAGGAGAACAGCUGUCAGCACUCCAAGGUGUUGUCUAUGAACUAGUUUCAGACAUCAUACACAGCUGCGAAGGCAAGUGGAUCUGCAUCAAGCAAGGUGCGGCGGUAGCUACUCUCGUCGAGAAUAAGCACCGAGCAGCACAUGGCAUCACCGGUGACUACGCCGAAACUUUUAGAGCCGUGCUGCAGAAGAAGCAAAAAUUUGACCUCAUCAGAGGUGCUUCUCAUCAAAAUCGUCAAUUUGACACUAGACGCGAACACGCUAAUAAGCACGGACCUCCACAGAACGCACCUAACGCGGUACAGACCGAUCGCUCUCGAGGAAGGGAAAGAGGCAGUGUAGGUGGACGCAACGGUGCCAAUAAGAACAAUGCGAAUAAGGAAAGUUCCAAUCCGUUCAAAGUAUCUACCAAUCCGUUCGAGAAAUAG